CGUAGAGUUCGUGUGAUGUGGGUUAAUGUUCUGGUUUUUCUUCUCACCCAUUUGCUCACAGGCAUGAGUAUAAUCUUUAACCAAGACUAUGUAUGCAUAACAGAGUCUGGUAGUUUCACAACCAACAGUACAUAUGGUAAAAACCUUGACCAUAUUCUCAAUUCUCUCCCAGAUAAUGUCUCUAAAAGUGGUGGUUUCUUUACUGCCACCGCUGGCCAAGACUCCAACAAAGCUUACGCUCUUGGGCUGUGCAGUGGAGACUUAAAUCCACACGAUUGUUAUGGCCUUGUGAAAUCCGCGGUUCCUGAUCUCAGAGAUAAAUGUCCCGAUCAGAAAGAAGCCAUUUCAUGGUCAGGUGAUCCCGCAUGUAUUGUACGCUAUGCAAAUCGCCCCUUUUUUGGAAUCCUGGAGCUAGAGCCUACUACUGCUGGCACUAUCACGCACGACAUCGGCUCCAACUUACGACGAUUUGAUACGAUUUGGGAGAGUUUAACGGACGGUUUGGUGAGAAACGCUUCCAACGGCUCUUCUAGUCGUAAAUAUGCAACUGCCGAAGCAUAUUUUACAGUAUCUCAAAACAUAGAUGCACAAAUGCAGUGCACUCCAGACAUAUCACAGGAGGAAUGUGAUUCCUGCCUACGGGCCGCCAAGAGUUCCUUUAAAGAAUGUUGCCAUGGGAAGCAAGGAGGUUAUGUCCAGAAGCCUAACUGUAUGUUUACAUUCGACUUGAUUCCCACAAGUACACAAGACCAAAAACCAGAGGAGAACCAGAACAAAUCAAUCUGGGUUCCACUUGGUGAAAGUUUAUCGGCGAUUCUUGGUCUAGCUUUGGUUUCUGCUUGCGGUAUCUUCCUAUGGAAAAGGACAAACAUUCAAGGGGAUAAAGAAGAUAGCCAAGAAGUUCAAUUACUUGACUUAGUAAUCGGAAGCAGGAAUCAUAAGAACUCGAGCGAAAAUGUUGAAACAUCUCAAGAGUUUCCUUCAAUUAAAUUGGAUAUUUUACAAGCAGCGACCACUAAUUUUUGUGAUGAAAUUAAGCUCGGUCAAGGUGGAUUUGGCCCUGUGUACAAGGGCACACUAGCAGAUGGAAACGAAAUUGCAGUUAAAAGGCUUUCAAGAGCUUCUAGUCAAGGGCUGCUUGAGUUCAAAAAUGAAGUCAUGUUAAUUGCCAAACUACAACAUAGAAAUCUUGUGAGGCUCUUAGGAUGUUGCUUAGAGAAAAAUGAAAAGUUACUUGUAUAUGAAUUCCUGCCCAAUAGAAGUCUUGACCUGUUCCUAUUUGGUUUGAGCCUUAAACCUUUAAAUAACGACAUUUUUCUUUAUACAUAA